AUUCCAGAAGUUCCUGAGGGAGGAGGGGGGAGAGACCUUGCUGUCUCCUUCUGGGGUGGGAGGGCUGCUGGCACCCCCACUGGACGCCUCUGAGGAGGCUCAGCUAGGCUGCUGAGGGACGCCAGAGCCAGGUGAGGCCCAGGGAGCACCCCUCAGUGCUGCCCCACCUGGCCAGGCAGCCCCGGGGAAGCUGCCUGCAGCCUCAGAGCCCAGAGCAGUGGCCGCGGCAGGAGAGGGACCUGAGAACCAGCCAUGGCAGAGGAGGUCUGGGUGGGCACCUGGAGGCCCCACCGGCCCCGGGGGCCCAUCAUGGCCCUCUACAGCAGCCCUGGCCCCAAGUAUCUGAUUCCACCCACCACCGGGUUUGUGAAGCAUACACCCACCAAGCAGCGGGCACCAGCCUACAGCUUCCGCGGGGCCCCCAUGCUGCUGGCAGAAAACUGCUCCCCGGGGCCCCGCUACAGCGUCAACCCCAAGAUCCUUCGGACCGGCAAGGACUACGGCCCCUCCUUCUCCAUUCUGGGCCGCUACUGUGCAAAGACCAUGCUGACCCCCGGCCCCGGAGACUACUUUCCAGAGAAGUCUACCAAGCAUGUGUUUGACUCUGCACCCAGUCACUCCAUUUCUGCCCGGACCAAGACAUUCCGAGUGGACAGCACCCCAGGCCCCGCCGCCUACAUGCUGCCCGUGGUCAUGGGGCCCCACACAGUGGGCAAGGUGUCCCAGCCAUCCUUCUCCAUCAAGGGCCGCAGCAAGCUGGGCAGCUUCAGCGAUGACCUGCACAAGACCCCGGGACCCGCAGCCUACCGCCAGACGGAUGUACAGGUGACAAGGUUCAAGGCUCCACAGUACACCAUGGCUGCCCGUGUGGAGCCCCCAGGAGACAAGACCCUCAAGCCUGGACCUGGGGCCCACAGCCCUGAGAAGGUGACCAUGACCAAGCCCAGCGCCCCCGUCGUCAGCUUUGGUAUCAAGCACUCUGACUACAUGACACCCCUGGUCGUGGACGUGGAGUAGCUUGGCACCCCAGCCUCCGUGCCACGUCUGGCAUCCUGGGCCUGGGCUGAGUCACCCCCGGCCGGACUGCAGCUGGCCAGGCUUGGGCGGGCAGGGCCUGCUCAUGCAGACAACUGUGACCAAUUAUUUUUUCUACGCUGUUUUCCCGCUUGCUAGCUUGUUUCCCGGUGAAUAAAUCAUGAAUUCCACUA